AUGGAUCGCCCCAGAAGAGCAAGAGGACCAUUGCGACGCGUAUUCACGACGUUAGUGAAUGAAAUGAAGGAGGAGUUGGCCAAGGAAGACCCUGAUGAAGAGGUCCUUGAGGUCCAACUUAACCGUCUGGAAGGUUAUGCUGAAAAGAUGACGCAUUUUGACAAUGUGACUAUGGAUGCAUUAUUGGAUUCAAAUGCGACAGAAGAAGAAUUAAAUGAAGAGACAUUAUCAUGUGAGGAAUACAAUAAGAAGCUGGUGACUAUGAGGUACGCAUUACGUAGAUUUCUAUCGAAGAAAGACCGGUCAGCCAGCCCUUCUUCAGCCAAUGUUCGGAGUCUGGAGUCUACAUCCACCAGGGAUAAGAAGACGUAUCGACUGCCGAAGUUGGAGCUGAAAAAAUUUGGAGGUGAUCUCAUCGAGUGGUUGUCUUGGUGGUCACAAUUUGAGAAGAUCCACCUUGAUGAGGAUUUGGAGACUUCGGACAAGUUUCAAUACCUCGCCCAGAGCAUGAUGGUGGGAUCCAGAGCUAAGGAGCUGAUUGACAGUUAUCCAAUGACUGCUGCCAAUUACCACAAAGCGGUGCAAGCGUUGAAAGAAAGAUUCGGACGGGAUCAUCUACUGGUGGAGGUGUAUGUACGGGAACUACUGAAGAUGGUGAUCUCUAAUGUCUGCAGCAAGGACAAAUGCGACAUCAUGAAGAUGUAUGACAAGUUGGAGUCACAUCUUCGAGCUUUGGAUUCGCUUGGAGUGACCACCGACAAGUGUGCUGCCAUGCUGUUUCCAAUUGUGGAGUCGAGUCUACCCGAAGAAUUACUACGUGUAUGGCAGAGAAGCGAAAUUCCGAGCAGAGCUGAUGCUGGAACCACUUCACUCACAUCUCUCAUGGAGUUCCUACGACAGGAAGUGCGCAAUGAGGAGAGGAUUUCGUUGGCACGUUCCGGAUUUGGCAUGACCAAGGACAAGAAGAUACGAUCAAGAGAAGAUGGUGGUGGUGACAAUUAUGCAACUUCUGCAGGACUCUUUUCUGGACAAAAGACAGAAUGUGCAUUUUGCAAAAAGCCCCAUCCCACACAAGACUGUUUCCGAGCGAAGACGUUGUCCUACGAUGUCAAGAGACAAAAGUUGCAGGAAAUGAAAUGCUGUUUUUCUUGUCUGAAAGUUGGACAUAAUGCAAAUAAGUGUCGAAAUCCAAUGAGAUGUCAAGUCUGUCAAGAAAAACACCCAACAGUGAUGUGUCCUGGACUAUCCAUCCCAAGGACAAGACCGGAAAGCUUGUUCGAGUCAUUUGGAAGGGAACGAGUUGUCCGGCUGAUUUACGACAGUGGAAAUCAACAAAGUUUUGUGCGGCGUGACACUAUGAAGAGCUUAGGAGUCAACAAGAUUGGGGAAGAAUGGGUCAACAACUGCUUAUUUGGAGGAAUGGUGACAGGACCAAUUAAACACAAUAAAUACCGCAUUCAGAUAGAAAGUUUAAAUGGUCAUCAUCGAGAAUCACUGGAGGUGUUGGAUCGCGAUGAUAUCUGUGGUCUCAUCGCACGCGUUCCGAGUGGACCAUGGAUCAAAGAGUUAGCAAAUCAAGGCGUACAUUUGACUGAUUUCACUUCCGACAGUCCAGAAAUUGAGAUCCUGAUAGGCAGCGACUACUAUGGAAAAUUGAUGACCGGAAGAGUGGUACAGUUGAAGAGCGGACUCACUGCGUUCCAGUCUACAUUUGGAUGGUCAUUGGGAGGAAAGGUACCAAAAGAUAACAUUGGUAUGACGGUUACCUCACUGUUUUUGGCGUCAAUGGAUGAGUCGAAGCUGUGGGAUCUUGAUGUCAUCGGAAUUACUGACCCCGCUGAACAUCUCAACAAGGAGGAUCGAGACAAGGAAGUGAAGGAGCAUUUUUUGCAGUCAGUUUGUCGUGAAGACGGGCGUUACUGUGUAUCUCUUCCGUGGAUGGAUGGACGUCCAAAUAUACCGUGCAAUAAAAAUAUUGCAGAAAGAAGACUUGUUUCUGCGACUGAGAAGAUUAUUCAGUCCGGAUACUACGACAAGUACGACGAGGUGUUUGAGUCGUGGCGGAAAGAAGGCAUUAUUGAAGAAAUUGAAGAUGAUGACGAAGUCUUCUCACACUACUUGCCACACCGUGCAGUGAUCAAACCAGAAAGCAUUACAACACCAAUUCGUCCCGUAUUUGAUGCGAGUUGCAAGACGAGACGUACACCAUCGCUCAACGAGAGUUUAGAAAAAGGUCCGAAUUUGUUGGAGCAGAUUCCGGACAUGCUGUUACGGUUUCGACGUGGACAAAUUGGAGUGACGUCGGACAUCCGAAAAGCAUUUCUUCAAAUCAAAGUGACACCGGAAGAUACAAACUACCUUCGUUUUCUAUGGUGGGAGGACUGGAGUAAAAAGAAACUGAAAAUCUUUCGUCAUCUUCGUGUCGUUUUCGGGGUAAACUGCAGUCCGUACCUUCUGGGAGCUGUGAUCGAACAUCACUUGAAGUCCGUAAAAACAGUGGAGAAAGACGUGGCUGAACAAUUGUGGAAAUCCCCGUACGUGGACAACUGUGUCAGUACCGUUUCUUCUGAGAGUGAGUUGGAGCACUUCAAGUCUGCUGCUACAAAAAUUAUGGAGGACGCCAAGAUGGAUUUACGUAUGUGGGAGUGGAGUCAUCAGGACAACUCUAUCACUUCAGUAUUGGGGAUGAAGUGGAACAAGGCAGAUGACACUUUAGGAUAUCAAGUGGAAGAAUGUGCACAACAACAAUUUACAAAAAGAGAAGUCUUGUCGUGUGCACAGAAAUUUAUUGACCCAUUAGGAUAUCUGUGUCCCGCGCUAAUCGUCCCAAAAAUUAUUCUGCAAGAAGCGUGGAGGAACAAAAUUUCUUGGGAUGAAAAUUUAGAUGAAAAUCUAAUUACCAAAUUUACUGUGUGGAUUAGUGAGGUGCCCUCAUUUCAAGAAAUAUGGAUAAAAAGAAACGCUUUUGGAGACGGAAGAGGAACUAUGCAAAUACAUACGUUUGUGGAUGCCAGCAAGUCGUCGUAUGCUGCUGCUGUAUUUUUAAGAGUGGAUAAUGAUGGAGAAGUCGACCUUCAUCUUCUUCAAGCACGCGUGCACCAUCGGAGCAAGAUUGACAAAGGUGGUGAAGAAAGUCUUACAGCACUAGCAUGGAUAAGGAGAGAUGACAUCUGGGGAAAGUUUGUGGGAAAUCGUGUACGCGAGAUCUUGACCCUGAGCAAGGAAGAAGAGUGGCGUCACAUCCCGGGGACACUCAACCCAGCCGAUCUGCCUUCUCGUGGAUGCAGUCCUGCCCAGUUACGAGAUUCGCGAUGGUGGGAGGGUCCACACUGGUUGAAACUGGAUGAGGAAUCUUGGCCAAUUGAAAAAUUCACCACCAAUGAAGAAGAGGUCAUGUCCGAGAAGCUGAAGAGCGUGACCGUAAACCUGUUGACUUCGUGUGCAGAUGUCCCGUGGUAUUGCAAGAAAUUUUCGUCAUUCAACAAAAUUGUCAACCUCGUGGCGUGGAUCUUGAGAUUUGUGGAGAAGACGAGGAAACGAAGUAAUUCAAAUGGACCACUCACUGUAGCUGAAUUAGAACAUUCAGAAAAGAAAUUGUUAAGUCUUGUACAAAGUGAAAGUUUCAAGCGUGGCGAGAAAACAAUCGCGAAUCUACGUGUCGUUUGGGAUACUGAUGACGGAAUAGCAAGAGUUCAAACUAAAUUACUCAUGAGAACAGACAUGGUCAAUUUCAAGACACCAAUAUUAUUGCCUGAAAAACACCCAUUAGUUCGACUACUGAUUCGCUACAUUCAUUUGGAGAGCGGUCAUGGAGGUACUCAGUACGUCAUGGGUCGGCUUCGCGAAAAAUAUUGGAUCAUUCGAGGGCGGAAAGCUGUUCGUCAAGUGAUUACCGGUUGUGUAAGGUGCAGAAGAUUUAGUGCACAACACGUAAAAACUCCUGAAGCCCCGUUACCAGAAGACCGAGUUCGGACAUCUGUGGCGUUUGAAGUUGUUGGGGUGGACUUGGCGGGACCACUAUUUCUCAAAGGAGGGACUAAGAUUUGGACCGUACUCUUCACUUGUGCUGUAUAUCGUUGCGUGCAUCUGGAGCUGGUGAAAUCUUUGAGUACCGAGGCUUUCCUCAUGGCAUUUCAUCGUUUUAUUGACCGAAGAGGAACCCCAGCAGUGGUGUCCAGUGAUAAUGGGCGCAAUUUCGUGGGCGCCGUCAACCUGUUUUCAUCCAUAAAUUGGGAUGAAAUUGAAGAAAAAAGUCGAGAAAAACGAAUUGUAUGGAAAUUCAAUCCUCCGACAGCUGCUUGGUGGGGAGGCUGGUGGGAGAAGUUAAUUGGAUUGAUGAAAGGACUGUUGAAAAGGAUGUUGGGACAAGCACGAGUUAACCAUGAAGAACUGAUGACCUGCAUCAUACAAGUAGAGAACGUGCUAAACAAUCGUCCUUUGACAGUGGUGACCGAAGACCCACAGGAUCUCAAAGCAUUAACCCCUUCAAUGUUUUUACUCGAAAACAAGAAUGGUGUUUCACCAGAGAUGGAACAAGUCAGCAUGGAAGGACUCAACAAGCGGUUGAAGUUUUUAAGAAAAAUACGAGAAGAAUUACGAUCUCGAUUCAGGAAAGAAUAUUUGGCCCUUCUAGUCCAACCAGGGUCCGAGAAGACGUCGGAUUUGAAAAUUGGAGACGUUGUUUUGGUAGGAUCAGAUGGCGUCAAGCGUCAAGAUUGGCCCAUGGCAAAAGUGGUGGACCUCAUCCCUGGAAGAGAUGGAUAUUCACGGACUGCAAGAGUGAAGACGUCGUAUGGUGAAUUGUUGAGACCUGUUCAACGUCUGUACCCUAUGGAGAUAAUUUUAAUUGCAAAAUAA